AGGUAAACCUCAGUCAAGUGACACUCUAACAAUAUGGCCGCUUUAAAAUUAUUUUUCUUGACAAUUUUAACCUACGUCUACGUGUCAAACGGUAUUAUGAUCGGGAUGCCGAUAGAACUGACAGGAGCCUUACGAGAAGCUGCUGUAGAACGUUUAUAUACUGGUCUGCAUAAAGUUUCUAUUGCCGGUGGUCCUCAAUACAAAGUGUUGAGAGUUAAUAAGGUGACUAAUCAAAGAAUAAUUGUUAAUGCGCCUGUGGAUACCUACGAUGUGGAUCUGGUUGUUGGGAGAAUUGUCAAGCAGUGUAUAGUCAGAAUCACAAUUCAUUAUCCGCCCACGGCGGGCGAUAAUAGCAUUUCGAUCAUAUGUAAUGGGAAACUGGAAUUUGAAAUGGACUACUAAGCAGUCGUCGAAUGAAUUGAACUAUUGAAUUAAUAUAUUUUUCCUUUUUGUGAUAUAUACCUUUAAACCGCACAGAAAA